CUUACCGAACAUGUCCGAACCAGACUCACACGCACGCCCUGCAAGCAAAAAGCGAGGGCCCACCUCUUCCGUCUCUCCGGAAGACGAGUUCUCAGAUCCCCAGCCAGUCAAGAGCAGCGAACCUAAAUGGCAAAGGGCAUCCAAAGAAGAACUAGAAAAGAGAGAAAUCAUAACACUUAAAAAAAAGAAAACUCCAGCGUCCGACGCGUCGCAAGAAGCUCCAUCGGCGCCGGGGGGCCAGGCGGCAGCAAGCGCACCCGAGAAGACGCUAGAUUCAGAACACGCGAGCACGGAACCAACCGCAGAAUCAAAAACAGAGAAAGAUAGACGCCCGAAGGGCGAUCAAGCGCCCUCUGAGAGCGAAAACAAAGCAGAUGACAGCAAAAAGGACCUUUUGGGAAAAAAAGACACAAACCAGAGUGAAAAGAGUCCCUUCACUUUAAACGCGUCCACCUUUCCUUCUCUGUCCAGCUCGUUUUUGGCCAAUCCUAUGGCCAACGUGAAGUCUGAAUAUGUAUUCGGCAAAAACUUCGACCCCUCCUCUAUUUCGCCUAGUCCAUCUCUAAGCACCCCCAUCCAACAAUCCCCUCCCACCAUUCCGGCCGAGGGCUCGGCAGCCGUCCGCACCGGCGAAGAAGACGACGUAAACCUGUUCGAGUCAGAAAUCAAACUCUCUCAGUACAUCAAGGAAGAUUCAAAAUGGCUUGACCUUGGAUACUGCGUAUUGAGAAUCAACGAAAACAAAAAUGCCAAUGCCAUGUUUCGAAUUUUGGUGCGUUCUGACCGAACGCUCAAACUCUUGGUAAAUUCUGUAAUUAUUAAGAAUUUACCGUACAAAAUUAACGAAAAGGUUCCGACCUGUCUUCGAUUUUUCGCCUUUUCAAGUGCCUCGGAUGCAUCUCUGGUUCUUUACACUGCUCGUUUCAGAAAGGCAGAGGACGCUUCAGCGUCCUUAGAGAUCAUUCAAAAGUGUCUCGAAAAAAUGAAUGCCUCAUCAUCUAUAUCCCAGGAGCCAGCAUCCAAAUCUGACACGAAGGUCGAACCCAAGUCUGAAUCCAAUCCCGAAUCCAAGCCCGAAUCGGGGACCGAUGCUCCGACUGAAGAAACCAAAGCAGAUCAAGACCAAGAAGCACAUGUGAAAAACUAAAGAGAAAAAAAUGGAUUAAGUUUACAUUUAUUUUUUUCGAAUGUAUAAAGACCGAAAACAUAUCGACAGAGUAGAUGUGUUCGCCUGAAAAAUCUGAAGUGAAGCAUUCCACCUAGGCUUAGGGAGGAUUGUUGAAGGACCGCUGCGUUCGCGAAAAAAUAAAAAUUUACUUGAACAAUUU